AAUAUCGUCUGCUGUGAUCAGGUCCGGGCAUUAGGAGUUGCAGAAGUAGCGGAUUUAAAAACUUUCUGUCUGCAAGUCUGUUCGUCGAAAUAGCACUUCACCAAGAGUCCCUGACAUCCAAAAGGGAAAAUAUGGCUUUUUAAAAUUUGUGACUGUCUUCCUCCUCGUCGUAAAGCUCCGUGUGCUUUGCUCCUGCAACGCACUUUACAAGACUAACUCAGAAACUAUGGGGUCUUCAGGUGUUUCCACAACUCUUUCAUCCAGCCAGUGCACGGUUUGUGCUUUUGAACAAUUAGAUCGAAGCAGACGACACAAUGGCGGCAUCGAUCCUUCGCAGGAAAAUUCCUCCCAUUUCCACAGGCGAGCUCGACGAUCUCCCUCUCCGACAGGCUAGCCACAGCCAAUCACGGCUCAGGACGGGGGCGGAGCCAGCAGAGAGGCAGCACUUAAUUGGUGAUGGUCACUCAGAUUGGAUGACGGAAAAAGUUGAUUUGUCUUCGUUUGUGUCAACUACCGAGUCUUCUCCAAGCUCAUCCCUUCCACCCUCACCGUUAGAACAAGAUGUCAAGGUGCCCUCGGACCUUGAGGUCAUGACCUCUCUACUGCAGGAGGAGCUGGCUCAGCUGGAGGACUACUUCCGCUCUGAGUCCACAUCCACGACAAACAAGUUGGAGAAAUCCUCAAAAUGUGACAAGGGUGCCCAAGCCAUGGGCUCCCAAUCUUAUUAUCAGUUACCCUAUGGCUCGUAUGGGACCAGCCAAUCAGAAACCAGCCCUGUGGUUGUUACCUUGGCAACAGGGGAACUGGACCUGGCCAGCUUCUGUGGCGGUCCCAUCGGCAGAACCAAAAUCGCACGACCCGCACCGUACAACUACCACCACCGCUACCACCACCACAACAACGGGCGAAGAAUAAUCAGUGAGGCUGUGAAAGUCGGAGAGGAAGUUGGACUUGAUACGUGGGGCUCCAGGGGAAGUUACUCAGGAAGCACAGAGUUGUCUGUGAACCACUACUCCACACUGAAGACAGUGAGCAAGAACAGCCUCGGAAGUGUGAAGAAGGUGAGAGAAUGUGCUUUAUCGUUGAAGGAAGAGGAGAGUUAUUGUUUUUCAGAAGGAAUGUUUUGCAGCGAAGAGAUUGCUCGAGGCUUUUGCCUCGGUGGCUCGUACGACAGCCACCACAAGCGAGAGGGACAGUUGAUGCACAAUGUGAAGGUUAAUGUAAGUUACGACAGCACGGGGCUCGAGGUCUUGCAUUGCAGCAAAGAUGGAGGACUUUCUGGAAGUAUUCCCCAAGAGACAAUGGUGGCCGGUGACGGCUACUUCCACCAGUCCAUGGCCAGCACAGAGCCUUACCAUAGCUUUAUAGGUGACCUAGAUCAGCCGUCACAAGCACAAGCUGUAGAGCCCCAACAUGGCCACUACCUCUAUCCAGAAUGCCUUGCAGACCAAAGCUAUGAAUGUCUGUCCAGAGGGGAGGGCGAAGGACCGCUGAUGGGCGCCCCCAUCCACCGCCCCACCCAGAGGCUAAAGGAUGAGCCAUGCUCCGUCAAACCAGCUGUGGUGGUGGGCGCUUCUAUGGAUGUCGGCAGUGGAGAAAGGAAGCAGAAGAAGAGAGACCAGAACAAAACUGCUGCUCACAGGUACAGGCUGCGUAAGAGGGCGGAGCUGGACUCUCUGGAGGAGGAGCUCCACGGCCUCGAGGGACAGAACCGGGAGCUUCGAGACAAGGCGGAGUCGGUGGAGCGAGAAAUCCAGUACGUCAAAGAUUUACUCAUUGAGGUCUACAAGGCUCGCAGUCAGCGGCUCAAACAAGACGGCAGUGCCUAAAAACACCCACGCUGACCUCACCUCCAAACCUCCCAACCAGCACCAAGAGAAAAAUCAAGAGCACUAACUGGUUUUUGUCUCACAAACAAAUGAAAUGGUAGUUGCAUGAUUUUGGUAGUUCUUUUCUAAAAAAAAAAAAUUAUAAUUGUUUUCUGAGAGGAUGGCCGAACAAAAACACACCUUUCCUUAAAGAGAAAAAAAAAGCAAAAGGAGAAGUUUCCAAAUGGGUGACUAAACUAUAACAAGCCUUAGCGAGGUGGCUUCAAGAGGAGAUGCUGAACUUGUCCGUGACCACUGUGAUCUGAACUGCACUCACAGCCUUGUGAUGACUGAGUUUGCGCUUGCAAUGAUUGAUCGUUUACAAAAUGCUCUUUGAAUUAAUAGUAGUGAUUGAAUUUGCUUGUGGUUUUUGUGACACACAUCGGCAGCAUCGAGGCAGAUCCAUACUAAAUAUAUAUUUUAUUUUAUAUUUUUUAUUUUUACUUAAUAAUGUUCAUUUAUCAUUUGCUUAAAACAAUCAACUGAAUAAAGGGAUUGCUGGAAAAAGUGUGUAACAUGCUCUACAAAUAUUCAUUAUCAGAAACAUUUAGAAAAUUUGUAUUGCUAAAAUGUCGAGUAUUUACACUUCUUUACCCCACUGAAAUACCCAAUGCAUGUUUGAUUUUGGAAAAGCAUGUGCGAGUGUUAUUUGAAGGCAAUAUUCUGUUAACUGCAUGGCUUCAAGAUCUCCACCGCGUCAAUCUUAACUGAGUUGACUUUUCUCUGAGUUUUCCCUGCCAGUAUGAUUCAUGCUCAGGUUUUGUUUUUUCUGCUCUGAGAGACACAGAAACAUUCACUGGCUUUUUUUCUCCUCUCUCUCUCUCUCUCUCUCUCUCUCUCUAUCUCUCUCUCUCUCUCUCUCUCUCGGCUGUAUUUUGCGAACAAACAAUCACCUGUUGACGCAACAAUAAAUCGUUGUUGGGUAACGGUACGACUUCAUGGGAAUUUUGUUUUCAAUUGAUCAAUUUGAUGUAUCUGAAAUUCAGGUCCUUUUAUUAAUCGAUGUCAAUGUCAGGAAAUUAUACAUCAGGUAAAUUACAGCCAAAUAAACCAGUUAUGUUAUGUAUCAUUCA